AUGAUCUGUUGGUUUAGGUUAGCUAGAGCCCCUAUAAACGGAAUUAAAAAACUCCCUGGAAGUGACAAUUUCUCUACUACUAGAAUUCUUUUUGAUAAAUCCAAUGAAGUAAAGCCCCCGAAAAAGCCGGUACAGGGAAUUCCUUACACCAAUUUGACAAUUGGAGUACCUAAGGAAAUUACCAGAAACCAAAAAAGAGUAGCCAUAGUCCCAUCUGUAGCUCAAACAUUAAUAAAGAAAGGUUUUAAAGUUAAUGUAGAAAAAGAUGCUGGUGCUUUGGCACAUUUUUUAAACAAUGAUUAUGAACAAGCGGGAGCAACUGUAACAGACCUUAAUACUGUAUUUAAUUCAGAUAUCAUUUUGAAAGUAAAACCACCAGAGCUUGAUGAAGUCGACAAAUUUAAACAAGAAACUGUCCUUAUUUCCUUUAUAUUUCCUGGUUUCAAUCCAAAACUUGUCGAUAAGUUAGCAGCCAAAAAACUCACUGUAUUUGCUAUGGAUUGCAUUCCUCGAAUAUCAAGAGCUCAAGUUUUUGAUGCAUUAAGUUCAAUGGCUAACGUAAAAGGGUAUAGGGCAGUGAUUGAAGCUGCAAAUUACUACCCUAGAUUUUUUCCAGGUCAGAUAACAGCUGCAGGAAAAGUUCCUCCAGCAAAAGUUCUAGUGAUAGGAGGUGGUGUAGCGGGGUUAGCAGCUUGUGGUAUGGCUAAAAAUAUGGGUGCUAUUGUCAGAGCAUUCGACACCAGAUCAGCAGUGAAAGAACAAGUAGAAUCUAUGGGAGCAGAAUUUUUAACCAUCACUAUAAAGGAAGAAGGUGCUGUUGCUGGAGGUUACAGUAAGGAAAUGUCACAAGAAUUUUUAGAUGCCGAACGAGCUCUAUUUUCGAAACAAUGUAAAGAAGUUGAUAUUAUUAUUUCAACUGCGGCGGUACCCGGGAAGAAAGCACCAAUACUUAUUUUGAAAGAACACAUAAAGUCCAUGAAACCUGGUAGUGUAGUAGUUGACUUAGCUUCAAUUUAUGGAGGAAAUAUAGAAACGACUAAACUUGGGGAAACUUAUACCUAUCAUGGAGUAGUUCACGUUGAUGCAAGUGAUUUCCUCAGCAAACUUCCGUCACAAAGCUCGACACUUUAUGCCAACAAUAUUUCAAAAUUUCUCUUAACCAUUGGUGAACAGAACCACUUUUUCAUUAACUUAGAUGAUGAGAUCCAACGUGGUAGUAUAAUUUUAGAUAAAGGAAAACUAAUGUGGCCUCCGCCGGAAAUCAUACCUGUUUCUGUUCCCCCUAAAAAGGACCAACACGUUCAGCAAGUAAAACCAGUUGAAAUAUCACCAUUCCAAGCUGAUCUUAAUAAAGCGUUAUCACUCUCUGCAGCAAUUUUGGCUAUAUUGGGUAUUGGAAUUGUCUCUCCGAAUACUGAAUUAACAACAAUGGUAACAAUAUUUUCACUUGCUGGGAUCGUUGGAUACCAUACAGUUUGGGGGGUUACCCCGGCUCUUCAUUCACCUUUGAUGUCAGUAACAAAUGCAAUUUCUGGUAUAACUGCCGUUGGUGGAUUGCUUUUGAUGAACGGUGGAUAUUUUCCCACAAAUUCUGUACAGAGUCUAGCUGCGACAGCGGCGUUUAUAUCGUUUAUCAACGUUUUUGGGGGUUUUUUAGUAACCAAACGUAUGUUAGGCAUGUUUAGAAGACCCGGAGAUCCCAAAGAAUACAAUUCAUUAUAUCUCAUCCCUACAGCGGCUUUUCUUGGUGCCUACAGUUGGGCUGCUGUCAAUGGUUUAGAACAAAUUCAUGAUAUUGCAUAUCUUGCAGCUUCUGUGUGUUGCGUUGGAGCAUUGGCUGGAUUAAGUUCUCAAACAACUUCACGAAUUGGAAACAACCUUGGAAUGAUAGGGGUUAGUGGUGGAAUAGCAGCUACAUUAGGUCAGAUUAAUCCAACGGCUGAAGUUUUAACUCAGAUGGCCGUUUGUGGAUUAGCAGGUGGCAUUAUAGGUUCAGCAAUUGCUAAAAAAAUCCAGAUUACAGAUUUACCACAGCUGGUAGCGGGGUUUCAUAGCUUAGUUGGUUUAGCGGCAGUUUUGACAUGCGUGGCUACGUUCAUCAAUGAUUUUCCUACGUUUGCCUCGGAUCCAGCAGCAAAUGUUGUCAAAACAGCACUAUUUUUAGGAACUUUUAUAGGAGGUGUAACUUUCAGUGGUUCUUUAGUUGCUUAUGGAAAACUGCAGGGAAUCAUUAGUUCAGCACCUCUUCUAUUACCAGCUAGACAUACCCUCAAUGGUGCAUUAUUAUUAUCUAAUAUAGGAGCAGGGAUUUAUUUAUUCAUGGAUCCUUCGUUCGAAGGUGGCGUAGCAGCACUUAAUACAACAGCUCUGUUGUCUUCUCUCAUGGGCAUCACGAUGACUGCUGCAAUAGGAGGUGCUGAUAUGCCUGUAGUUAUUACAAUGUUGAAUAGUUAUUCAGGUUGGGCACUGUGCGCGGAAGGUUUUAUGCUAAACAAUACCCUAAUGACCAUUGUCGGUGCCCUAAUAGGAUCUUCUGGUGCUAUAUUGUCCUACAUUAUGUGUAAGGCAAUGAACAGGUCCUUGACGAACGUAAUAAUGGGAGGAUUUGGAACACAAACAAAAGGAAGUUCAAUGAAAAUAACCGGAACCCAUACUGAAAUUAAUAUAGAUCAAGCUGCAGAAGCAAUUAAUAACGCUAGGAACAUUAUCAUCGUACCUGGGUACGGACUAUGUGUGGCUAAAGCUCAAUAUCCAAUAGCCGAUAUGGUUUCUAAACUAAAAAAAGCGGGCAAGAAAGUUAGAUUCGCAAUUCAUCCUGUUGCCGGUAGGAUGCCAGGGCAAUUAAACGUCUUAUUAGCAGAAGCGGGUGUACCGUACGACGACGUAUUAGAAAUGGAUGAAAUCAACGAGGAUUUUCCCGAUACCGAUCUAGUUUUGGUCAUCGGGGCGAACGAUACAAUCAACAGCGCAGCUUUAGAAGAUCCGAAUUCUCCUAUUUCUGGUAUGCCAGUAUUGGAAGUGUGGAAAGCCCAACAUGUGAUCAUUAUCAAGAGAAGUUUGGGCGUUGGGUAUGCUGCAGUUGAUAAUCCGGUAUUUUUUAAACCGAACACUAGUAUGUUGCUAGGCGAUGCUAAAAAAAUGGUUGAUGAGUUACUGAUCAAAGUUGGCCGAGCUGAACUUUAA